CUGUUUCUUCUCCCUUUCCCUCUCUUUCUGUUUGUUUCCCGAGAAAAUUUUCUGUCGAAGGAAAAAAAAAAACAUGGCGGAAGUACUGAGUGAAGAACAGAUCGUGGAGUUUAAGGAAGCCUUUUGUCUCUUCGACAAGGACGGCGAUGGGUGCAUUACUAUCGAGGAAUUGGCGACGGUGAUCCGGUCGUUGGAUCAGAAUCCGACGGAGGAGGAGCUUCAGGACAUGAUUAAUGAGGUCGACGCCGACGGCAAUGGAACAAUCGAAUUCGCUGAGUUUCUCAAUUUGAUGGCCAAGAAAAUCAAGUUNACUGAUGCGGAAGAAGAGCUGAAAGAGGCUUUCAAAGUGUUCGACAAAGAUCAAAACGGAUACAUCUCAGCUACGGAGCUGAGGCACGUGAUGAUCAACCUCGGGGAGAAGCUGACCGAUGAUGAAGUGGAGCAGAUGAUCAAAGAAGCCGAUCUGGACGGUGAUGGUCAGGUCAAUUUUGAAGAAUUCGUCAAGAUGAUGAUGACCGUUGGAUGAUAGAUUCAAGUAGCCUUUUUUAAUCAACGGUCCCAAGAAAAACAAAGGGAUUUCUAAAAUUCAUUUAUUUUCAUAUAAUUUCAUUAAUUUCCUGCUCCUUGCAUAGUUAUUAAUUUGUACUUUUUGCCCCUUUUAGCCCACUUGUUCAUCAAUGUAAUCCCCUCUUUAUUCUUAGUAACAAUUUUUUUACUGUUCA